AUCCCAAAGCUCACCAUAGCAAUAGCCACUCUUUAGACUCCUACUUCCAAACUACUUAAUAAUUAAUCUCCUCGUCUUUUUUUCGAGACCCCUCAACCCAACCUAAUUCAAGAUGUUCUCCCUCAAGACCGUUGUCCUGGCCCUCGCCGCCGCCGCUUUCGUUCAGGCCGUCCCCGCCCCUGCUGACAGCCCCUCAGUCUCCAUGGCCAUGCAGCAGUGCGGUGGCAGGGACAAGGUCGUCUCUUGCUGCAACAGCAAGAAGUUGAGCGAGAACAAGGCUGGCCUCAUCGGCGAGAUCCCCGUUCUCUCCGGCGAGUGCAAGAACAUCCCCAUCAACGUCCUCUCCGUCAGCCAGCUGGUCCCCAUCAACAAGUUCUGCUCGGACACCGUUGCUUGCUGCUCCGGUGAACAAGUUGGCCUUGUCAACCUCCAGUGCGUUCCUCUUCUGAGCUAAAUGGCUUAAUGUCUUUGCGGACAUCUAGCUAUUUCUCAUAUUCGAGGAUGCAUGAGAUCACGAGGGGAUGAUGGCGGAGGAGGAUGGUUGGAGUUUCUGUGAGGGAGCCUGGAUCCGGCGAUCAGCGUUGAGUGAAAGUUGGUCCUGGCUUGCUGGGGGCCCUGGUUUCGUCCUAAGCACUCGGCGGCCGUGGAAUGACUAGGCACACAUCCCGCUGGAUCCUGUCUCGCCUGAGGGAUUGAUGUCAAGUUUUGGAAGCAUCUGGAAGGAUGCCCGCUAGAGAAGUCUCUUCUCGUUCCACUCGUUUAAUAAAACCCCUUCCAGACCUA